GGGCAAAAUGUGGAGAAGGAAUCCAGGGUCCACCCGGUAACUCGACUUUUCAUCACCACCCCCAACGUAGGUACCUCUAAUAACUGCCCAGGUGUGGUUCAGUGUAUCAAGAUCCUUUGCGACAAUUCACCAAACGGACGUACCGUUUACCAAAUUGAUCAUCGAAAUGUCAACAGAACCGCCCUCCUUUAUAAGCAUCACAACAGUCCUCUCCCUACUCUCGACCAUAGCAAUCCUCCUCACAGCCUACCUCUUCUCCCUCCAGCUGCUCCCGAAAAACGCCAGCGCCAAAACCCGACUCCUAUUCAUCUGGCACGCCUUCGAUGCGCUAAUCCACUUCAUCCUGGAGGGAAGCUAUCUCUACAACUGCUUCUUCAGCUACACGACAAGAUCCGCUUCACAUAAUGACGUCUCAGCAUUCGUCUCACCAUAUCUCCCUCCGAAUGUUUACUUCCUCGGCCACACCGAUCGCAUGUACGGCGCCGAAUACGGCAAGAAUCCCUUCGCCGCGCUAUGGAUGGAAUAUGCCAAAGCGGAUAAGAGAUGGGGCGGAAGCGAUCUGACCGUCAUUAGUCUGGAGCUUCUGACGGUAUUCAUCGCGGGGCCGAUGGCAGUGUACAUCUGUUCGGCGUUGGCGAGGAAGAGGAGUGAUGUAUGGUUCUGGAUGACGGUGCUCGCGACGGGGGAGUUAUAUGGAGGGUUCAUGACGUUUGCGCCGGAGUGGUUGAGUGGGAAUCCGAAUCUGGAUGGGUCGAAUUGGAUGUAUUUGUGGUUGUAUUUAGUAUUCUUCAAUGCGGGUUUGUGGGUCGUGAUACCGGGGUGGGUCUUGUAUGAGGCGUAUGGGAAUACCACUGGUGCGCUGCGGAGGUUGGAGAAUGCUGAUGUGGGAAAGAAGAGGGAAUGAAUCGGAGUUUGAAUGGAAAAAGUGGACCCGAAAACAUCGAGAAGCCUGGGAAUGAAGGUGAUCUGUCUAUUCUCUAUAUGAGUGAUCAUUCAUGAUCCUUCUGGAGGACAUCCAGGAAUUGGUCAAAUCGGAUGGGGCCACACUAAUGGCUCAAUCAAAAU